UACCCAUUCUGGGUGUACAUACCUCGAGAUUUCUGGCACAGAAUUCGAGUUCUUAGAACGAGAAGAAGCUAACGGUCCGUCAUUCUUAGAAUCUCGGGCACACUGGUAUCACGCAGACUUAAUUUAUUUAUUUAAGUUAACGGACCUGAACAGUCGAUCAUCAUGACUGUCGUUGGCUGCAACAAGUGUAUCAAAUUCAUGCUGUUUUUCUUUAAUUUCGUUUUCUGGUUGGCUGGAGGUGUGAUCUUGGGAGUGGCUCUAUGGCUUCGUCAUGACAACCAGACCAGCAGUCUCCUCAUGCAGCAGUUUGAAGGCCAGCAGGCUCCAAACACCUUCUAUAUCAGCGUGUACAUCCUGAUUGCUGUGGGAGCUGUGAUGAUGAUUGUAGGGUUCCUUGGUUGCUAUGGCGCCAUCCAGGAAUCUCAGUGCCUCCUUGGAACGUUCUUCUUCCUGUUGGUGUGCCUUUUCGCCUGUGAGGUAGCUGCUGGGAUCUGGGGAUUUAGUAACCGAGACACAAUCUCCAAGGAGAUGAUCAACUUCUACGAUGCGGCCUACAUCAAGUCAGUGGACAUCGUAGACUCUUCCAGCAAAACAGCUGCUAUCAAAGUCCUGGAGGUGUUCCACGAGACGAGCUGUCAUCUGAAGCUGAAGGACCUGUUCUCUGAGAAGCUCUGCCUGAUUGGUCUAGCUGCCCUGGUGGUCGCUGUCAUCAUGAUCUUUGAGAUGAUAUUCACCAUGGUUCUCUGCUGUGCGAUCCGCAACGCCACCCCGGUGUACUAGAACCACAGAACCGUAAUAGAACCAUAGAACGACGGAACCAUGGAAUCAUAGAACCACAGAACCAUAUUGGAGGGGGAAAGUCCUCUACAGAUCAAAGCCAACAAAGGGGAUACAAAUGUUAUGUUAUGUUUUGUGUUGUACUUCCUGUUAUGUAUUAUGUUGUAGUUCCUUUUAUGUUUUGUGUUGUACUUCCUGUUAUGUAUUGUGUUGUAGUUCAUUUUAUGAUUUGUGUUGUAGUUCCUGUUAUGUUUUGUGUUGUAGUUCAUUUUAUGAUUUGUGUUGUAGUUCCUUUUUUGUGUUGUAGUUCCUUUUAUGUUUUGUGUUGUACU